CUCCCGCUGCACAAUGGUUUCCAGGCAGUGAGAGAGGGUGAUUCAGCAAGCUCCUCUCUCUUCUUCUAAACCUCCUCAUCUCUUUUUAUUUUUAUGGGGGGUGGGUGGUGCUUCUUAUUUGCUUAUCCCCCCCCCUUUUUUUCUGUUUUCAUUUUUACAAAUUUCCUUUCUUUUCCUCACUCCUCAAUUCCUAGGGGCUUGAGUGAGCUACAGAUUGGGUCGUCUUGGUAAUCACCUAUCUGUUAUUAUUUUUAAACAAUCUCCACACCUUCAAAGAGUCUGCUCCUUAUUCCGGUUUGGAAUGUGGCUAAUGAAAACCCAGUAGGGAGGAUUUCUGGGGCAAACAGCCGGACCAGGAUCCUAGUUCUCAGGCACGGAAUGGCUAGUGUGAGAACACCACCGGCAGGACCCUCUCAGAUUUUGGUUAUGGCAACUCAUGCAAGAAGCUGUUGAAUUAGGCCUUUUUCCUGUAGAUGAGAAACCACACAAGCAGUGGUAUUUAUGAGCCUCCAUUUCUUGUACUACUGCAGUGAACCAACCUUGGAUGUGAAAAUUGCCUUUUGUCAGGGAUUCGAUAAACACGUGGAUGUGUCAUAUAUUGCCAAACAUUACAACAUGAGCAAAAGCAAAGUAGACAACCAGUUCUACAGUGUGGAAGUCGGAGACUCAACCUUCACAGUUCUCAAGCGCUACCAGAACCUGAAGCCGAUUGGCUCUGGGGCUCAGGGAAUAGUUUGUGCUGCGUACGAUGCAGUCCUCGACAGAAAUGUGGCCAUCAAGAAGCUCAGCAGACCCUUCCAGAACCAAACUCAUGCCAAGAGGGCUUACCGGGAGCUGGUCCUCAUGAAGUGUGUGAACCAUAAAAACAUUAUUAGCUUAUUAAAUGUUUUCACACCCCAGAAAACGCUGGAGGAGUUCCAAGAUGUUUACUUAGUGAUGGAGCUGAUGGACGCCAACUUGUGUCAGGUGAUUCAGAUGGAGCUGGACCACGAGCGGAUGUCUUACCUGCUGUACCAGAUGCUGUGUGGCAUCAAGCAUCUCCAUUCUGCCGGGAUUAUCCACAGGGAUUUAAAGCCCAGCAACAUUGUAGUCAAGUCUGAUUGCACGCUGAAAAUCCUCGACUUCGGACUGGCCAGGACAGCGGGCACAAGCUUCAUGAUGACCCCGUAUGUGGUGACGCGAUAUUACAGAGCCCCCGAGGUCAUCCUGGGAAUGGGCUACAAGGAGAACGUGGAUAUAUGGUCUGUGGGAUGCAUCAUGGGAGAGAUGGUUCGCCACAAAAUCCUCUUUCCCGGAAGGGACUAUAUUGACCAGUGGAACAAAGUCAUAGAGCAGCUAGGAACUCCGUGUCCAGAAUUCAUGAAGAAACUGCAGCCCACAGUCAGAAACUACGUGGAAAAUCGACCCAAGUACGCGGGACUCACCUUCCCCAAACUCUUUCCAGAUUCCCUCUUCCCAGCCGACUCUGAGCACAAUAAACUUAAAGCCAGCCAAGCCAGGGAUUUGUUGUCAAAGAUGUUAGUGAUUGACCCGGCGAAGAGGAUAUCGGUGGAUGACGCCUUGCAGCAUCCUUACAUCAACGUUUGGUACGACCCCGCCGAAGUGGAGGCGCCUCCUCCGCAGAUCUAUGAUAAACAGCUGGAUGAAAGGGAGCACACCAUUGAAGAAUGGAAAGAACUUAUCUACAAGGAAGUAAUGAACUCAGAAGAAAAGACGAAAAACGGCGUAGUAAAAGGACAGCCCUCUCCUUCAGGUGCAGCAGUGAACAGCAGUGAGAGCCUCCCUCCAUCCUCGUCUGUCAACGACAUCUCCUCCAUGUCCACGGACCAGACCCUCGCCUCCGACACUGACAGCAGCCUGGAAGCCUCGGCAGGGCCGCUGGGUUGUUGCAGGUGACUAGCCGCCUGCCUUCGAAACCCGGCGUUCUUCAGGAGAUGACGCGAUAGAACAGCACACACGCACACGCACACUCACACGCACACACAAGCGCACACACGCACACACACAGAGACACUCUCACAAUGCACAAACGCACUCAUGCAACGUCAAGAAACUAGCAAGAGAGGGAUCCAACCUAAAUCUAAGAUAAAUCUUCUGCGUGCUUCUCCAAAGUUCUGUAUCACAGCUGAGCUGAAAUGUAUACCUAACUUCUAGUUGCUCUCGCUUUGGUCUCCUUCCAACAGCGCUUACUACACGAGACAAACCAGACACAGUUAGAGAAGCCCUUCCCUGAAGUGUAACUCAAGUGGCUGCAGAAACCGGAAACCCGUGACUGCUCUUCAAAUGGCAUGGCGAGGUGUGCAGUAGCCCCGCCCAGCAUGUGUGUGCCUCUAUCGCGCAUCUGCCUGCUCCUCUUGGCCUAGUCAGAUGGAUGUAGCUACAGAUCCGCAUGUGUCUGUAUUCACACAGCACUUAGAGAAGCUCCUGUCAGUGUCCUCAGGGCUCUACCAACACACCAUGCACUGGGGUACUACGUGGCCCACGUCAUGUGAUCUAUUACUUUGACAUAAAUCCAUCUGUAAUAUAUUGCCAGUAUAUAAGCUGUUUAGUUUGUUAAUUGAUUAAGCUGUAUGUCUGAUAAGAAAAAAAAAUAUGUAAAGGGGGACUAUGGGGAGUGAACGCUCAGACCCUUGAAGAUGUAGCUUCCAAAUUUGAACUGAUUAAAUGGCACCUGUAUACCAAUUUGUAGAAAGAACAUAUGUGAUGCUUACGUUCAGUGUGGGUGUGUGUGUGGGGGGAUA